CAAAUAAAAGCAGCUGAAAAUCACGUGACGUGGAACCAACAUGGCGACUGUGCUGAGGUAGCAUCCUCAACGAACUCGGUGACUAGACAGACACCGAUAGCCUUUCUCUCGCCUGCAUCUACGCAGUGCCCGGCCGAAGAUGACGGCCUGAGAGAGCAGAAGUUAUAUCAAGAGAUGCAACAGCAACGUCUUGCUCAACAACAACAGAAGCAGGCAGAAAGCGCAAAAACCAAGAGCAUGUUUCUGUCUAGGGCGCUGGAAAAAAUCCUCUCCGAUAAGGAGGUGAAGCGGAUCCAGCACAGCCAGCUGCGUAAAGCUUGUCAAGUGGCACUUGGUACGUGAGUUUUAUUUUUAUUCUUGGACAGUGCACACAUAGGCAUGUUUUGUUUCUUCAAUGUAAUGUUUUAGGUAACCCUUUGCGUGCUAACUAACACAGUACUGGGUUAUCUCAUUUCGUAAUGGCCUCCUGACUGUCAAGCUAGCUACUCUAGCUUGCUAGCCAGUUUGGUAUAACGUUAGAUAGCUUGCACGCUAACAACACAACGCAGGUAAUGUUCAACGCUUCAGACUUUGAACGCCGGCUGAUUAUAGUGGGGUCUUGGCAUAGGUCUGACUGCAUGGGAACGCUUGGAUCUGAGUCCUAUCUCUUAAGAUUGCAAAAUCAUCACUGUCAACUUUAACAGCUGGCUGGCUAACUAGUUAACGUGAUACCUUCCCAUUGGACCAGUCAUUGUACAGUACGUAGCAUUGUCACCUAACCGGAGCGGCACCUGUUUAUUGAACUGGGAACUUAUGCCGCGUUCAGAUACUGUUCGGAACUAGGAAACUCGGAAAUGCUCGAUUUGUGGAUUCGUUGAACGCGGCACGUGUAGCUAUGUACAACCAGUUAGCAAGUCGGAAAUGUCAGUUUCCUAGUUCCGACUAGCACGUGAACGCGGCAUUAACUCAGGGUACUCUUGACAUCAGUUCUUUUCCAUUGAGCAGUGGAGGGAUAGUUUUACACACCACGCAUUCUUGUGUUUGUUGAGAGAGAAAUCCUGUAACCUUGUCUUUGAUAAUCUGAAUAGGAGACAUUCCAGCUGUAUACAUUUUACUGUAAAUUAAGGAUAAUGUGUAAGUGAAAUGUUACUGUAAAUGAAUGGUCAUUAUUACUGCUAGUUUAGUAUGACAUACAGCGUAGUCCCUGCCCAUCUUACGAAAAUGUCUGAAACUCUACCUCUUUAAAGAGUAUCUUAGAGAAAUACCAUGGCGGGGACUUCUAGCUUGAUCAGGGGCAAUCAAUUACUAUUUGAGAAGGUAUAGACACACACAUGUCCUAUGUGGUAAAGGUCAGAAUGGAUAAUGUCAAGUAAUGAUAGAUUCCAGUCAAGUCAUUGUCACAGCCAGGUAACCCUGUACUGAAGUAGUACCAUAUUCAUCUGGUGGGUAAAUGUUGGCCUUGCUCCUUUCAAAUAAAUUAAUCUCUCCAUAUUGACAUUGCCCAGCCCACUCAUAGACUCUCAUAUUCAGCACACUGUACACUAAACCGUUUACUUAGGCUCUAUUCAUUGCAUACUUUUCUCAUUGGCACAGAUGGUGGGGGGAGAACCUCCCUGCCUGGCUAUAGCCCAAAUUCUUUAACGAAGCCCAUCCAUUAUCAUAAUCAGAUAACAUGUUAUAAUGGAGUGAUUCUGUACAAAACCCGGACAAAAUCCCCCAAAUCAUUGUAUUUUUUUUGUCUUGGUUUCAUAUGGAAUCACUCCAUGAGCAUGCCUCAAUGGAUCCUCAUCCUCUGACUAAUAUUAGCCACCCUUUUUCACAAACUGUGAGUGGCCAAUGGACUGUGGUUCCCCCUAGUUUGAGUAUAUGCACACAUAUGCCAUUGAGAAAUGAAAUGACCUAGACACUGGCACCAUAGUUAGUUUAUUUGCUGUUUACUGCACUGUGAUGUAUCCUAGAUCGGUGGUUCCCAAACUGUGGGUCGGCGGGGGUCCCCCCCCCCCCCCCCCCCCCAAAAAAAAACCCGGAACUCAGUCCUGCUUUAAACAUUCUCUUGAAAGUUGUAAUAGUAGAAUGCACAAGGUGCAAUUUAGAAAUUGGGUAGUGCGUCAUCAGUUCCUCUUGUCAUGUUAGUCAUUGCAUACCUUAGAGAGCUUUAAAACUUGUCAGAAAUGUCCAGAUCAACUAGCCUAUGUCAGCUAAUGUUUUUUUAGCCAAUAGAUAUUGUUGGAUUUUUGUGUCACUCAAAUAUGACACGAAUACACAUUAGACAUGGCAAAUGGAUAGAAUUGCAAGAAAAAUAGCUUUAAAACAAACUGCAAUAUUUUCUUUGCACCCCAUGACAAAAUGUGUAGAAUUGCUGAAAGGGGGGCCCCCAAGUGGAAAAAGUUUGGGAACCCCUGACCUAGAUUAUGAAAUGUAGACUAUUGCACAAGUUGUAUUUGCUGUUAUAUUGUUAAGGGGAGAUAUGAUGAGCAACUAGAGAUGUCCAGUGGUGCCAUAAUGCUGCUUCCACAGCUAAUGGUUUGUUUAUGGAUCCCAGAUGAGCCUUGGGAGAUUCUUUCUCUUCCUUUUCUGAGUCGGCAGUUUUCAUAUUUACAAUACAACUUUAUACAACACCACUUUAAUGUCCAUCGUUGCAGCGAACAAUGGGAAUUCUGUCUUCUGCGCUCUUCAUUUCUCAACCCCCCCCCCCCCCCCCCCCGCCCAGAUAGCACACGUCAAUCAGACACACAGUUGAGAGGAGCACAAGGCCAAGCUGCAGUUGAGAGACUACAACUGCUGUAAGCUAUAUCCUCAGAGAGUGUACGCUAUGCUCCCUGUUCUACCUCGUGCCUGCCUUGAGAACAACUUUGGGUCUUGUGUGUCAGCAGUUGCCAAGCAUCUCAGCAUGUGAAGUUCUGGGAUGCAACAGGCCAACUUGGUCACAUCACGUCUGGCCUUGUAUGUAUGCACCAUUGCUAAUGCUUAGACCUACUAGGCUAGAUAAGGAAAAUUGUGACUUCCAGUGAGUGGUGCAUUUGGGCCUGUUCCGAAAGAGCUGCUUUGAACGCAGGACCUUUGGUCACAGCUUUGGACAGAGCAAUGUUAAGGCGAUUUAAGAUUGUCUCUGGUCAUUAGCAAGAGGUUUAUGGGUUUUGCGGUAGUGUGAUUUUAAAUUAGCCAAACACCAUAAUAUCAAUUGUUUGAUGACUGCAGUCCAUUUUUUAUUUGUUUUUGCUAAUGCUAACUGUAUUAAUGGUAUGUUGAUACUGGUAUUUUUAUGUUGGUGAAAUGAAUUAUGAGUUAUGCCUACAAAACAGAAGAAACACUCAUCAGGUCUAAAGGUCUAAAAGUUCAGACGUCAUUUAUCUUGUUCCCUUUGUUUUCACAGAUGAAAUCAAAAUCGAGCUUGAGAAGCAAAAGUAAGUUCAAACCCCUUUCUCUCCGAAAGUAUUUGCAACUCAUGGACAGGUGAUUGGUGAUGCACCUAUCAAAGGGAUACUGCGACAUUUUAGCAAUAUGUGUCUGCGUUUAGUUUGCAGGAAGUUGAAGAUAGUUUCUGGAACCAUUGCUAUCUAGCGUUAGCGCAACGACCAGAAGGCUACGGGAACAACUAUCGCGCUCUAUCCCUUUUAAGCAGUCACCGCUGUUAUUAGUGGUUAUUAAGCUUGUUGUUCUGAGGCCUGCAUGUCAUCAAGACCUUGUCCUGUGGCUCCUUUAUACAGAGAUGGCACAGUGGUCCUGCCCCGAGCAAACUACAUUGAAGCUGACAAAUAUGUGCUACCUUUUGAGCUCGCCUGUCAAUCAAAGUCCCCACGCAUUGUCAGCACAUCGUUGGACUGCCUACAGGUACGCAAGUUUACACAUCAAAGGACUUUAAACACACCAACACCCAUAUGUAUUACAAAUCAAAUGUUAUGUGUCACAUGCGCCGAAUACAACAGCUGUAGACCGUAAGGAAGCAUUUCACUGUAAGGUCUACACCUGUUGUAUUUGGCGAAUGUGACAAAUACAAUUUGAUUUGAUUUAUGGGAUGGAGGUAAUUGGCCCUACUCAAUCAACCACACUAUUCUAUUAUAUACAAGACACUGUCUCUGUCGUACUGUCUCUGUCGUACUGUCUCUGUCGUACUGUCCUACUGUCUCUGUCGUACUGUCUCUGUCGUACUGUCUCUGUCGUACUGUCUCUGUCGUACUGUCGUACUGUCUCCGUCGUACUGUCUCCGUCGUACUGUCUCUGUCGUACUGUCCUACUGUCUCUGUCCUACUGUCUCUGUCCUACUGUCUCUGUCGUACUGUCCUACUGUCUCUGUCCUACUGUCUCUGUCGUACUGUCCUACUGUCUCUGUCCUACUGUCUCUGUCCUACUGUCCUACUGUCUCUGUCCUACUGUCCUACUGUCUCUGUCUCUGUCCCCUUUUUUGUCCCGUCGUACGUCUCUGUCGAUUUUUACGCUCCCGGUACGCUCCGUCUCGUUCGUCGUAUGUGUACUGUCUCCGUCGUAGUCUCCUCUACUGUCUCUGUCUCUGUCGCUGUCUCUUCCACUGUCUCUGUCCCCUUCUUGUCGUACUUCUCUGCCUACGGCUCUGUCUACGUCCGUCCUAAAUGUCUUGUCCUACGGUCUCUGUCGUACUGUCUCUGUCCUACUGUCUCUGUCCUACUUCCCCUUUUAUGUUCCCCGUCCUACGUCUCUGUCCUACUGUCUCGUGUAAGCCUGUCCCUACUGUCUCUGUCCUACUGUCUCUUUUUCGUCGUACUGCUCGUCCUACGGGCUUGUCUUGUCCUACUGAACUACGUCUCUGUCGUAAUGUCUCGUCCUACUCUCUGCUACGUCUCUGUCCUACGUCUCUGCUCGUCCCACGGGCUCUGUCGACUGUCCCCUUUUUGUACUGAACUACUUCUCUGUCGUAAUGUCUCUGUCCACUGUCCUGUCUCUGUCCUAGGUCCCCUUUCUCUGUCUCUGUCCCACGGGAAAUAUGCCUGCCUCUGUCUUGCGUACAGUCUCUGUCCCCACGAACUACUCUUUUGUCCUACUGGGCUCUGUCGCUUCCAUGUCUCUGCCCCCUGUUUUUGUCCUACUAUCUUGUCGUACUUCUUGUCCUACUGUCUCUGCUCUGUCCCUAUCUCUGUCCCACUGUCUCUGUCGUAAUGUCUCUUCGUAAUGUCUCUGCGUAAUUCUCUGUCUAAUGUCUCUGCGUACUGUCCUGUCCUAUGUCUCGUCGAAUGUCUCUUGUAUAUCUCUGUCCCACUGUCUCUGCUAAUGUCUCUGUCUACUGUUAGGGCCUGCCUACUGCUCUGUCCCCAUGUCUCUGUUGUACGUCCGUCUUGUCCCACUUCCGAUGCUGUCGUAUUUUUUGACUGUUUGUCCUACUGUCUCUGUCCUACGUCCCAUCUUGCCUACGUCUCUGUUGUCUGUCCUAGUCUUCCACUGUCUCGUUUUUACUGUCCACUGUCUACGUCUCUGUCCUACUGUCUCUGGACUUCUCUGUGUCUGUCUUUCCACUGUCCUGUCCUACUGAAAAUACUGUCUGUCGACGUCUCGUUUAAGUCCUACUGUCCUGCGACGUCCUACUGUCCUUGUCCUACUGUCCUCUUCCCCCGUCGUACGUCCCACUGUUUAUGCCUACUGGGCGUACUGUCCUAAUGUCUCGUCGUACGUCCUGUCGUACUGUCUCGUUACUGUCUCUUCCUACGAACUACUGCUGUCCCCCCGUAUGUCCUCCCUUCUCUGGUGUAUGUCCUCUGUCUCUGUCGUACUUCCUACUGUCUUGUCUACUUUCCUAUGUCCUACGUCUCUGUCCUCCCCGUCUCUACCCCACUGAAAUGCUGUCUCUGUCCUACGUCGUGUCUUUUUUGAUUCUCUGUCCUACUGUCUCUGUCGUAUGUCCAAAGUCCCCUGUUUUUACUGUCUCUGUUGUCUGUCUUACUGUCUCUGUCGACUGUCCAACUGCCCCUGUCCCACUGUCUCUGUUGUACUGUCCUCUGUCCCUGUCUCUGUCCACUGUCUCGUCUACUUCCUCUGUCUCUGUCAUACGUCCUACUGUCUCUGUCGUCUGUUCCCCACGUUCCUGUCCGACUGUCUCUGUCGUUCGUCCCCUGUUCCCCGGGCGUUGCGUACUGUCCCCUUUUCGUACGUCUACUGUCUCUGUCCUACUGUCUCUGUCAUACUGUCCUACUGUCUCUGUCGUACUGUCCUACUGUCUCUGUCCGACUGUCUCUGUCGUUCUGUCCCACUGUCUCUGUUGUACUGUCCUACCGUCUCUGUCCUACUGUCCUACCGUCUCUGUCCAACUGUCUCUGUCGUACUGUCCUACUGUCUCUGUCCUACUGUCUCUGUCCAACUUUCUCUAUCGUGCUGUCCUACUGUCUCUGUCGUACUGUCCUACUGUCUCUGUCCGACUGUCUCUGUCGUUCUGUCCCACUGUCUCUGUCGUACUGUCGUACUGUCUCUGUCGUACUGUCCUACUGUCUCUGUCCUACUGUCUCUGUCAUACUGUCCUACUGUCUCUGUCGUACUGUCCUACUGUCUCUGUCCGACUGUCUCUGUCGUUCUGUCCCACUGUCUCUGUUGUACUGUCCUACCGUCUCUGUCCUACUGUCCUACCGUCUCUGUCCAACUGUCUCUGUCGUACUGUCCUACUGUCUCUGUCCUACUGUCUCUGUCCAACUUUCUCUAUCGUGCUGUCCUACUGUCUCUGUCCUACUUUCUCUGUCCUACUGUCUCUUGUACUGUCCAACUGUCUCUGUCCGACUGUCUUACUAUCCUACUAUCUUACUGUCCUUCUAUCUUACAAGGAUGGGAAACAGUGUUUAAACCCUUUACAAUGAAGAUCUGUGAAGUUAUUUGGAUUUCUACUAAUUAUAUUUGAAAGACAGGUUCCUGAAAAAGGACGUUUCUUUUUUUUUGCUGAGUUUAGUUCUAUACUGUAUAUCCUAUUGUGUACAUAUUGGUCAUAUUUUUAUGUGACUUCUUGAUUUAUUAUAGAUGUCGAUUAUUGUACUGCAAUGUUGAGGGAGCUAGCACACAAGCAUUUCACUUCACCUUUUAUACAUGCUGUGAACUGUGUACGUGUCUAACAUUUGAUUCGAUAUUUACUUGUAAAUGCCACAUGUUGGAGGACUUAAAAUGUUACUACACUUGUUGUGUGCCUCAGAAAUGUGCUCCUAAAUGCCACAGAUGCAUACUCUCUCCACAACAUCUCCUCUCCCCCUUGGCAGAAGCUCAUUGCGUAUGGCCACAUCACAGGGAACGCCCCUGACAGUAGUGCUCCAGGGAAGAGGCUCAUCGACCGGCUGGUGGAGACCAUUUGUAACUGCUUCCAGGGCCCACAGACAGACGAGGGGGUGCAGCUGCAGAUCAUCAAGGUCUGGCAGGGAUCCCAUCCAUCUUAAACAUCUCCUUUUAUGUAUAGCUACAUAUUUAUAUAGAUAUAGUACCAGUCAAAAGUUUGGACACACCUACUCAUUCAAGGUUUUUUCUUUAUUUUCACUAUUUUCUAAUAAUAAUAAUAUGCCAUUUAGCAGACGCUUUUAUCCAAAGCGACUUACAGUCAUGCGUGCAUAAAUUUUUGUGUAUGGGUGGUCCCGGGGAUCGAACCCACUACCUUGGCGUUAUAAGCGCCGUGCUCUACCAGCUGAGCUACAGAGGACCACAUUGUAGAAUAACAGUGAGGACAUCAACACUAUGAAAUAACACAUGGAAGUAACCAAAAAAGUGUUAAAUCAAAAUAUAUUUUAUAUUUCAGAUUUUCCAAAUUAGCCACCAUUUGCCUUGGUGACAGCUUUGUACACUGUUGGCAUUCUCUCAACCAGCUUCAUGAGGUAGUCACCUGGAAUGCAUUUCAAUUAACAAGUGUGCCUUGUUAAUUUGUGGAAUUUCUUUCCUUCUUAAUGCGUUCGAGGCAAUCAGUUGGAGGUAUACAGAAGAUAUCCCUAUUUGGUAAAAGACCAAGUCCAUAUUAUGGCAAGAACAGCUCAAAUAAGCAAAGAGAAAUGACAGUCCAUCAUUUCUUUUAAGACAUGAAGGUCAGUCAAUACGGAAAAUGUUAAGAACUUUGAAAGUUUCUUCAAGUGCAGUCGCAAGAACCAUCAAGAGCUAUGAUGAAACUGUCUCUCAUGAGGACCGCCACAGGAAUGGAAGACCCAGAGUUACCUCUGCUGCAGAGGAUACGUUCAUUAGAGUUACCAGCCUCAGAAAUUGCAGCCCAAAUAAAUGCUUCACAGAGUUCAAGUCACAGACACAUCUCAACAUCAACUGUUCAGAGGGGACUGUGUGAAUCAGGCCUUCAUGGUCAAAUUGCUGCAAAGAAACCACAACUAAAGGACACCAAUAAGAAGAAGAGACCUGCUUGGGCCAAGAAACACGAGAAAUGGACAUUAGAACGUUGGAAAUCUGUCCUUUUGGUCUGAUGAGUCCAAAUUUGAGAUUUUUGGUUCCAACCGCCGUGUCUUUGUGAGACGCGGUGUGGGUGAACGGAUGAUCUCUGCAUGUGUAGUUCCCACCGUGAAGCAUGGAGGAGGAGGUGUGAUGGUGUGGGGGUGCUUUGCUGGUGAGACUCUGUGAUUUAUUUAGAAUUCAAGGCACACUUAACCAGCACGGCUACCACAGCAUUCUGCAGCGAUACACCAUCCCAUCUGGUUUGGGCUUAGUGGGACUAUCAUUUGUUUUUCAACAGGACAAUGACCCAACACACCUCCAGGCUGUGUAAGGGCUAUUUUACCAAGAAGGAGAGAGAUGGAGUGCUGCAACAUGAUGACCUGGCCUCCACAAUCCCCUGACCUCAACCCAAUUGAGAUGGUUUGGGAUGAGUCGGACCGCAGAGUGAAGGAAAAGCAGCCAACAAGUGCUCAGCAUAUGUGGGAACUCCUUCAAGACUAUUGGAAAAGCAUUCCAGGUGAAGCUGGUUGAGAGAAUGCCAAGAGUGUGCAAAGCUGUCAUCAAGGCAAAGGGUGGCUACUUUUGAAGAAUCUCAAAUAUAAAAUAUAUUUUGAUUUGAUUAACACUUUUUUUUGGUUACUACAUGAUUCCAUAUGUGUUAUUUCAUAGUUUUGAUGUCUUCACUAUUAUUCUACCAUGUAGAAAAUAGUAAAAAGAAAGAAAAACCCUUGAAUGAGUAGGUGUGUCCAAACCUUUGACUGGUACUAUAUAUAUAUAUAUAUAUAUAUAUAUAUAUAUAUAUAUAUAUAUAUAUAUAUAUAUAUAUAUAUAUAUUAUCCCCUAGUUGCCUCUCAGGACAAAUUGCUGCAGAUUCUUUUCCACACCCCAUUCCCAAUAGUUAUACUACAGAUAUAUCCGGUGGCACAUCCGUCUCUGAUGACUGUUCAGUCAGGCGUGAUGCGUAACCAGAGCUCAUUUCAGCUUCCCAUAUUGGUGCUCCAGAGUUGAGGGUCCAAAGUCUGGCUUGUUCAUACAAGCUACCCGUCAGUAUUAUCAUGGUUGAUAACAGGUUUUAUUGGACUGACCAACAUUCCUACCCAUAUUUGAAAGACAUAUAUAUCAAGAUAAUUAAUCUAUAAUUCACAAAGGUAGUUAAAGGCGGUAUUUAUUCUCUGUCCCCUGUCUGUCAAAAUUCCGGGAACUUUCAAUAAAUUCCCUGGUUUUCCCAGAAGUCCUGGUUGGAGGAAUCUGGAUUAAACUGCUUAUUCCCUUCUGAUUCCAGAAAUCCUGGUUGGAGGAUUCUGGGAAAAGCAGGCAAUUUAUUGGAAGUUCCCAGAAUUGUGCAACCCUAGUCCUGACCCCUCUGUCUGUUCUCCUGCAGGCUCUGCUGACGGCAGUGACCUCCCCUCACAUUGAGAUCCAUGAGGGAACUGUUCUGCUGACAGUGCGUACCUGUUACAACAUCUACCUGGCCAGCCGUAACCUCAUCAACCAGACCACCGCCAAGGCCACGCUCACACAGAUGCUCAAUGUCAUCUUCACCCGCAUGGAGACACAGGCGGUUAGUGUACUACUGUCACCUGUCCAGACCCGCUCAGUUCAGUCUCAUAUCUACACAGUCGUCUACAACAAGCACUUGACGCAAUCAUAAAUGCUGGUCUGUAUCAUCUUAGAGCAAGCUGCUUGAGUAUCUGGAUUGAAACUAGAUUGGAAAUGUAUACCCUCCUUGUAUCUCAGUCAUUUCUCCAUAAGUGUAUUUGUGUCUCUAUCCUGAGUAGGUGUGUAACAGCCUGUGUCUCCUAGUCCUAUUAGCUGACUGGUUCGGCUGGGAUUGACAUGCUGUUAGUUUGGUAGUCUGACUAGUUGUGUUGAUCAUGGCCGGUCUGUUCAUCUCCCUGCAUCUAUACAGGCUAUGGAGGCUCUGGAGAAGGAUAGACUAUGUCUGCCCCAGCAGAACCCCUCCCCUUCCCCUGGGCAGAUGUCUGGUGGUUCCCCCACGUCAGACUGCACCCCAGACCUCAACUGGACCCCCUCUUCUGCAGCCAGCACACCGGACCUUAAUGCCACGCCCCCGGCCCCAGACACACCCUCCAUCAAUGGCCAACCAGAGGAGUGCAAGACUGAGGAGGGUGUGGCUACUACAGAGGAGAACAGAGAGCAGACACCACCUCCAGGUAUUGUCCUUGGUCGUAUUCAUACUUAGCAUAGAUCAGUGCUGUUUCUGGAGAGCUACCCUCCUGUAGGUUUUCACUCCAACCCUGUUCCUGGAGAGCUACCCUCCUGUAGGUUCACACCAGGGCUCUCCAACCCUGUUCCUGGAGAGCUACCGUCCUGUAAGUUUUCACUCCAACCUUAAUCUAGCACACCUGAUUCUAAUAAUUAGCUGGUUGAUAAGCUGAAUCAGGUUAGUUACAACUGGGGUUGGACUGAAAACCUAUAGGAGUGUAGCUCUCCAGGAACAGGGUUGGAGAGCCCUGGCGUGAACCUACAGGAGGGUAGCUCUCCAGGAACAGGGUUGGAGAGCCCUGGCGUGAACCUACAGGAGUGUAGCUCUCCAGGAACAGGGUUGGAGAGCCCUGGUGUGAACCUACAGGAGGGUAGCUCUCCAGGAACAGGGUUGGAGUGAACCUACAGGAGGGUAGCUCUCCAGGAACAGGGUUGGAGUGAAAACCUAAAGGAGGGUAGCUCUCCAGGAACAGGGUUGGAGAGCUCUGCCAAAGAUCAUGUGCUUUCAUUGUAUGACAUUUCUGAAGCCGACGUCAUCCUCAUUAAUUUGACACUUACUCUUUUUCCUCAUCAAUAGUUUUUAAUGAUCCACUUCCAUUAACACAGUCAGAGGAAGGGGAUGAAGUGGGAGAGGGGGAGAAAUCAGAAGUACGGGAGAAGGACAGGGGGUGAAAUCAGAAGUACGGGAGAGCAGGACAUCGGGAGUAGGACAGGGGAGAAAUCAGAAGUAGGGGAGAAGGACAGGGGAGAAAUCAGAAGUAGGGGAGAAGGACAGGGGAGAAAUCAGAAGUAGGGGAGAAGGACAGGGGAGAAAUCAGAAGUAGGGGAGAAGGACAGGGGAGAAAUCAGAAGUAGGGGAGAGCAGGACAGGGAGAGAAAUCAGAAGUUGAUUCAAAGCAACAGAGCAACCAACGACAGAUAUUGUGGAGGAAGUGGCCGCAGAACCUGAACCAGAACCACAGCCCCAAACUGUACAUUUACAUUUACAUCAUUUAGCAGACGCUCUUAUCCAGAACGACUUAGUUAGUGAGUGCAUACAUUAUAAAAAAAAAAAAAUAAUCAUACUGGCCCCCGUGGGAAUCGAACCCACAACCCUGGCGUUGCAAACGCCAUGCUCUACCAACUGAGCUACAUCCCUGCCGGCCAUUCCCUCCCCUACCCUGGACGACGCUGGGCCAAUUGUGCGCCGCCCCAUGGGUCUCCCGGUCGCGGCCGGCUACGACAGAGCCUGGAUUUGAACCAGGAUCUCUAGUGGCACAGCUAGCACUGCGAUGCAGUGCCUUAGACCACUGCACCACUCGGGAGGUUUUGUAAUUGGUCAGUAAUUGGUUGUGAUCGGAGUGGCUGGGCUAUCAUUUACACACCUGUAUCAAGGUUCCUGCCUUCUAGUUUUUCCAGGCCACUUUGUGAAAACUGCUGAUGUAAAAAGGACUUUAUAUAAUACAUUUGAUUGCAUCUGACUGGUCUGUUCCACCCCUCCACACAGAAGGGGAUCGUCCCCCACCCAUACCCCCAGAGCACCCUGAGGCGAUGCCCCCUACACCCAGGACAGACAGGAACCAGAUGAACGGCAUUAUGGGUGACCGUGGUUCUGUGUCCUCUACAGACGUCUUGGUGAGUGAUCUCUUAUCCUGGAAUGAGGAUGGGUCACAUCAAAGGUUCUAUGGGAACAGUGAUUCCUGAUGAUAUUUGCCCCUAUGAAUUAUAAAUAGUUAUGCUCAUUUUAGUUAUAUAUUGACAAUUGCAUGGUGCAGUUAAAGCUGUUCUGUUAGUUAUUUUUUUGUCUUUGUCUCUUUCAGGAUGCAGAGUCCAUUCAGGGUGGCCAGAACACGGCUCGUUUCUCCCACAUCCUGCAGAAAGAUUCUUUCCUGGUGUUCCGCUCCCUCUGCAAGCUCUCCAUGAAGCCGCUUGCGGACGGACCCCCUGACCCAAAGUGAGACAUGAUCCACUAGUCCUUCAGCCCUUGCUUCCCCUCUGUUCACACACACAGCUUCUCUUGUCCCUUUGGUCUCAUCACCAAAACCAAGUCCAAAUGUUCUCCUGGCUUUCUCUUCUAUCCAAAGCGACCAACUAACCUGGCAUGCGCUACUAGCUAUGCUACAGAGGACCUCCAGGCCCCAAUACAACACUAUAUAACUAGCUGCCAUUUGCUCGAUAUAGCUAGAGUGUUUUAAAGAUCUGUAGGUUUUCUGGAGGUUUUAAAUUCUGGACUGGGCUUCUUCAGUUACUGUAAUGUAAAACCCUGAGGCUGGGAGUCUGAAUAGAUGAAUGCUGAACCUGAUCACUGCAUCCAAACAUAAGAGAGGGACUCGCUCUAAUUUAACCCUAAAUACCUUUAUUGUACCAAGGCUCUAGACUGUACAAUACAUUCCUAUACUACACUGUUCAAUAUUUACACCCCUCACCAUCUUCUUUGGCUCUUUGUCUUAAUCUCUCCUUUCUCCAACUUCUUCUUUCCCCUCUUCCUCUCCGCUGCUUUUGACCUUCCCUCCCUAUCUUUCAUCCUCUCCUCCCCCCUCCCUCUCUCUCCCCCUCCCCCCUCCCUCUCUCUCCCCCUCCUCUCCUCCCCCCUCCCUCUCUCUCCCCCUCCCCCCUCUCUCUCCCCCUCCCCCUCCCUCUCUCCCCCUCCCCCUCCCUCUCUCUCCCCCCUCCCCUCCCUCUCCUCUCCUCCCCCCUCCCUCUCUCUCCCCCUCCCCCCCUCUCUCUCUCCCCCUCCCCCUCCCUCUCUCUCCCCCUCCCCUCCCUCUCUCUCCUCCCCCCUCCCUCUCUCUCUCCUCCCCCCUCUCUCCCCCCCCCCUCCCUCUCUCUCCCCCUCCCCUCCCCCUCUCUCUCCUCCACCCUCCCUCCCUCUCUCUCCUCCCCCUCCCCUCCCUCUCUCCCCUCCCCCUCCCUCCCUCUCCUCCCCCCCUCCCUCUCUCUCCCCCUCCCCUCAGGUCCCAUGAGCUGCGCUCCAAGGUGGUGUCCCUGCAGCUGCUGCUGUCUGCGCUCCAGGGGGCGGGGCCUGUCUUCCGCACCCACGAGAUGUUUGUCAAUGCCAUCAAGCAGUACCUGUGUGUGGCCCUCUCUAAGAACGGUGUCUCCUCUGUGCCCGAGGUGUUCGAGCUCUCCCUCGCCAUCUUCCUCACCCUGCUCUCCCACUUCAAAGUCCACCUCAAGAUGCAGAUCGAGGUGUGGGAUGCAGGAGUUACAUAUCCAUUUAAUCUGUGAUUUUAGUUUGAAUCCUGUCACUCAAUUCAGAAUAGGCAACAGGGAAUGAAAAUAAAUGAUGCGGCUACGUACCAUCUUUCCUCCCCUCACACUCCCUACCCUCCUCUCUCUACGAUCCUCCCCUCGCGCUCUCUCUCUACGCUCCUCCCCUCGCGCUCUCUCUCUACGAUCCUCCCCUCGCGCUCUCUCUCUACGCUCCUCCCCUCGCGCUCUCUCUCUACGCUCCUCCCCUCGCGCUCUCUCUCUACCCUCCUCCCCUCACUCUCUCUACCUCUCUCAGGUGUUCUUCAGGGAGAUUUUCCUGACCAUCCUGGAAACGUCAUCCAGCUCCUUUGAACACAAGUGGAUGGUCAUUCAGACACUGACACGGAUAUGUGCAGGUAAAAACACACAGACCUGAUGGAGACGUUGCUGUUUGUGUACAAUACACCACCUUAACCCUCAUUUUGACCGGUCUCAUUGUAUUCUUCCCUCCCCUCUUCAAACCCUUCACACCAGAUGCUCAGUGUGUGGUGGAUAUCUAUGUGAACUACGACUGUGACCUGAACGCUGCAAACAUCUUUGAGCGUCUGGUGAAUGACCUGUCUAAGAUUGCCAUGGGGAGGAGUGGCCAGGAGAUGGGGAUGACCCCUCUACAGGUGACCUUACACUGACCUGUCAGUAGUUACAUACCAAAUAUGGUCAGAAUUAGAAUCACCUUUAUUCGCCAAGUACAUUGACACAGUCAGAAAUGGACUUGGUGGUAUGGUGCCUCUAGUGAUCUACAACAUCUAGAGACAGUUAUACAUUAUAUACAAAAUCAUGGUUGUCUAUUUGUCUGAUUCUGUGUGUUCUAAAGUGUUUUUGAGCUCCGUAAAUGAUGUGACUGACCGUUAACAGGAGAGCUAUUUUCCAGGAGUUGAGUCUGCGUAAGAAGGGCCUGGAGUGUCUGGUGUCCAUUCUGAAAUGCAUGGUGGAGUGGAGCAGAGAAAUGUAUGUCAACCCCAACCUGCAGACCAACCUCGGUGAGUGUAAUGUCUGUAGCUGUGUUUGUGUCUGUAGCUGUGUUUGUGUCUGUAGCGGUGUGUGUCUGUCUGUAGCGGUGUGUCUGUAGCGGUCUGUCUGUCUGUAGCGGUGUGUGUGUGUGUGUCUUGACCCUGCUGUAUAUGUGUGUGACCCAGGCCAGGAGCGGCCGUCGGAUGGUGAGGGUGCGGAGCUAAAUCUUCCUGACCAGCUGGCGUCUCGUAGAGACAGCGUCAGUUCUCUGGACUCCACCAUGUCGUCUAGUGUCCAGUCCUCCCAGCCUGACCACCCAGAACAGUAUGAGGUCAUCAAACAACAGAAGGACGUCAUCGAACAUGGCAUUGAGCUGUGAGUCCCACUCUUUCUCUGUAUCAGUCAGUCUGGGAGAUGUCUCGUGGCCUAUCUAAUGAUGUAUCAGUCUGGGAGAUGUCUCGUGGCCUAUCUAAUGAUGUAUCAGUAGUAGCCAUAGAUUAUUUUUGUCGCCAUCUCUCAAGGUUCAACAAAAAGCCCAAGCGAGGUAUCCAGUACUUACAAGACCAAGGCAUGCUGGGAACCACAGCAGAGGAAAUCGCCCAGUUCCUGCAUCAAGAGGAGCGCCUGGAUACGGUGAGCAACUCCCCACAACCUCAUAGCCUUCAUCCACCUUGUAUCACUGGGCAAAUAAUCAGUAGCCUCUCUAGAGAGUAUGUAACAACAGGAAGUUAUUGUGAUGUACUCUGCCUUGAGUUUGUACAAGAAAAGGUUGUCAUUGUAAAUGCCAGGUCGUUAUUGUAAAUGCCAGGUCGUUAUUGUAAAUGCCAUCUUACGAAGGCCUUGAUGCCGAUGCGUAAAGCUUAUUAAAGAGCAGCGAUACUAUCAAGAGCAGUGUGCAGGUUAUUUUUCUCAAAUGGCAUUGUUUAUAACUAAUUUCUGUGGUUAUAUAAAGGUUAAAUAAAAAGGUGUGUAAGAGUUUCCUGUCUGACUCAGCUCUUCAUCUUCCUCUCUCCCCUCUAUAGACCCAGGUAGGGGAGUACUUGGGAGAAAACAUGCGUUUCAACAAGGAGGUGAUGUACAGCUAUGUGGACCUGCUGGACUUCUGUGGCCGGGACUUUGUUUCUGCUCUGAGGGCUUUCCUGGAGGGCUUCCGGCUCCCAGGAGAGGCCCAGAAGAUUGACAGGCUCAUGGAGAAGUUUGCUGCCAGAUAUCUGGAGUGUAACCAGGGGUAAGGAAUAUGGCUGUCAGUGGCUGUAUGCUACCUGAAGGGGGAGGCAUUGAGAUUUUAUACACUCUCUGGAAACAUGUCAUGAAGAACAUCCUCAAUUAUAUAUACUGUGUGGAUGUAGCCUCUUUGAAUAUUCAUUCUUUAAUCUCUGUGUUAGAUUGAUGUACUCUUGAAUCCAGCUGAUCUUGCCCCUACAGACAGACAGAGUUUGCCAGUGCAGACACGGCCUACGUCUUGGCCUACUCCAUCAUCAUGCUCACCACAGACCUGCACAGUCCACAGGUCAGAACACCAUCCAAUCAGUCAGUCCAUUUAAAAAAUAUAUAUAUAUACAUACAUACAUACAUACAUACAGUUGAAGUCGGAAAUUUACAUACACUUAGGUUGGAGUCAUUAACUCGUUUUUCAACCACUCCACACAUUUCUUGUUAACAAACUAUAGUUUUGGCAAGUUGGUUAGGACAUCUACUUUGUGCAUGACACAAGUAAUUUUUCCAACAAUUGUUUACAGACAGAUUAUGUCACUUAUAAUUCACUGUAUCACAAUUCCAGUGGGUCACACGUUUACGUACACUAAGUUGACUGUACCUUGAAACAGCUUGGAAAAUUGCAGAAAAUGAUGUCAUGGCUUUAGAAGCUUCUGAUAGGAUAAUUGACAUCAUUUGAGUCAAUUGGAGGUGUACCUGUGGAUGUAUUUCAAGGCCUACCUUCAAACUCACUGCGUCUUUGCUUGACAUCAUGGGAAAAUCAAAAGUAAUCAGCCAAAACCUCAGAAAAUUGUCUGCUUCAUCCUUGGGAGCAAUUUCCAAACGCCUGAAGGUACCACGUUUAUCUGUACAAACAAUAGUACGCAAGUAUAAACCCCAUGGGACCACGCAGCCAUCAUACCGCUCAGGAAGGAGACUCAUUCUGUCUCCUAUAUAUGAACGUACUUUGGUGCGAAAAGUGCAAAUCAAUCCCAGAACAACAGCAAAGGACAUUGUGAAGAUGCUGGAGGAAACGGGUACAAAUGUAUCUAUAUCCACAGUAAAACGAGUCCUAUAUCGACAUAACCUGAAAGGCCGCUCAGCAAGGAAGAAGCCACUGCUCCAAAACCGCCAUAAAAAAGCCAGACUACGGUUUGCAACUGCACAUGGGGACAAAGAUCAUACUUUUUGGAUAAAUGUCCUCUGGUCUGAUGAAACAAAAAUAGAACUGUUUGGCCAUAAUGACUAUUGUUAUGUUUGGAGGAAAAAGGGGGCUGCUUUUCUUAAAAUAAAGUGGUGAUCCUAACUGACCUAAGAUAAGGAAUUUUUACUAGGAUUAAAUGUCAGGAAUUGUGAAAAACUGAAUUUAAAUGUAUUUGGCUAAGGUGUAUGUAAACUUCCGACUUCAAUUGUACAUACAUACAUACAGUACCAGUCAAAAGUUUGGACACACCUACUCAUUCAAGGGUUUUUCUUUAUUUUUCUACAUUGUAGAAUAAUAGUGAAGACAUCGAAACUGUGAAAUAACACAUAUGGAAUCAUGUAGUAAGCAAAAAUGUGUCAAACAAAUCAAAGUAUAUUUUAUAUUUGAGAUUCUUCAAAUUAGCCACCCUUUGCCUUGAUGACAGCUUUGCACACUGUUGGCAUUCUCUCAACCAGCUUCACCUGGAAUGCUUUUCCAACAGUCUUGAAGGAGUUCCCACAUAUGCUGUGCACUUGUUGGCUGCUUUUCCUUCACUCAUCCCAAACCAUCUCAAUUAGGUUGAGGUCGGGUGAUUGGGGAGGCCAGGUCAUCUGAUGCAGCACUCCAUCACUCUCCUUCUUGGUCAAAUAGCCCUUACACAGCCUGGAGGUGUGUUGGGUCAUUGUCCUGUUGAAAAACAAAUGAUAGUCCCACUAAGCGCAUACCAGAUGGGAUGGCGUAUCGCUGCAGAAUGCUGUGGUAGCCACGCUGGUUAAGUGUGCCUUGAAUUCUAAAUAAAUCACUGACAGUGUCACCAGCAAAGCGCCCCCACACCAUCAAACCAUCUCCGCCAUGCUUCACGGUGGGACCCACACAUGCGGAGAUCAUCCGUUCACCUACUAUGCGUCUCACAAAGACACGGCAGUUGUAACCCAUAAUCUCUAAUUUUCUUGAGCCAAUUUCCUCCAACAACAGGACAAUGACCCAAAGCACAGCUCCAAACUAUGCAAUAACUAUUUAGGGAAGAAGCAGUCAGCUGGUAUUCUGUCUAUAAUGGAGUGGCCAGCACAGUCACUGGAUCUCAACCCUAUUGAGCUGUUGUGGGAGCAGCUUGACCGUAUGGUACGUAAGAAGUGCCCAUCAAUCCAACUUGUGGGAGAUGCUUCAGGAAGCAUGGGGUGAAAUCUCUUCAGAUUACGUCAACAAAUUGACAACUAGAAUGCCAAAGGUCUGCAAGGCUGUAAUUGCUGCAAAUUGAGAAUUAUUUGACGAAAGCAAAGUUUGAAGGACACAAUUAUUAUUUCAAUUAAAAAUCAUUAUUUCUAACCUUGUCAAUGACUACAUUUCCUAUUCAUUUUGCUAUAUUUCCUAUUCAAACUCAUUUCAUGUAUGUUUUCAUUGAAAACAAGGACAUUUCUAAGUGACCUCAAACUUUUUAACAGUAGUGCAUAUAUAUAUAGAAAUUAUCAGUUAGGGGGUUAGGGUUAAAUAUGUGUGUGUGUAUAUGUAUGUAUAUACAUACAUACAUACAUACAUACAUACAUACACAGUGAGGGGGAAAAAGUAUUUGAUCCCCUGCUGAUUUUGUAAGUUUGCCCACUGACAAAGAAAUUAUCAGUCUAUCAUCAGAAAGAUUUCUGGCUCCCAGGUGUCUUUUAUACAGGUAACGAGCUGCGAUUAGGAGCACACUUAAAGGCAGUGCUCCUAAUCUCAGCUUGUUACCUGUAUAAAAGACACCUGUCCACAGAAGCAAUCAAUCAAUCAGAUUCCAAACUCUCCACCAUGGCCAAGACCAAAGAGCUCUCCAAGGAUGUCAGGGACAAGAUUGUAAACCUACACAAGGCUGGAAUGGGCUACAAGACCAUCGCCAAGCAGCUUGGUGAGAAGGUGACAACAGUUGGUGCGAUUAUUUGCAAAUCAGCCCAAAACUACACGGGAGGAUCUUGUCAAUUAUCUCAAGGCAGCUGGGACCAUAGUCACCAAGAAAACAAUUGGUAACACACUACGCCGUGAAGGACUGAAAUCCUGCAGCGCCCGCAAGAUCCCCAUGCUCAAGAAAGCACAUAUACAGGCCCGUCUGAAGUUUCCCAGUGAACAUCUGAAUGAUUCAGAGGAGAACUGGGUGAAAGUGUUGUGGUCAGAUGAGACCAAAAUCGAGCUCUUUGGCAUCAACUCAACUCGCCGUGUUUGGAGGAGGAGGAAUGCUGCCUAUGACCCCAAGAACACCAUCCCCACCGUCAAACAUGGAGGUGGAAACAUUAUGCUUUGGGGGUGUUUUUCUGCUAAGGGGACAGGACAACUUCACCGCAUCAAAGGGAUGAUGGACGGGGCCAUGUACCAUCAAAUCUUGGGUGAGAACCUCCUUCCCUCAGCCAGGGCAUUGAAAAUGGGUCGUGGAUGGGUAUUUUAUGGGCACAUUAAGGUCCUGGAGUGGCCUAGCCAGUAGAAAAUCUGUGGAGGGAGCUGAAGGUUCGAGUUGCCAAACGUCAGCCUCGAAACCUUAAUGACUUGGAGAAAAUCUGCAAAGAGGAGUGGGACAAAAUCCCUCCUGAGAUGUGUGCAAACCUGGUGGCCAACUACAAGAAACGUCUGACCUCUGUGAUUGCCAAAAGGGUUUUGCCACCAAGUACUAAGUCAUGUUUUGCAGAGGGGUCAAAUACUUAUUUCCCUCAUUGAAAUGCUAAUCAAUUUAUAACAUUUUUGACAUGCGUUUUUCUGGAUUUUUUUGUUGUUACUCUGUCUCUCACUGUUCAAAUAAACCUACCAUUAAAAUUAUAGACUGAUCAUGUCAGUGGGCAAACGUAUAAAAUCAGCAGGGGAUCAAAUACUUUUUUUCCCUCACUGUAUAUUUGUAUGUGUGUGUGUGUAAGACGCUUUUAUCCAAAGCUAUUUAGUCAUGCAUACAUUUUAUGUAUGGGUGGUCCCGGGAAUCGAACCCACUACCCAGGUCUUACAUGCUCUACCAACUGAGCUACAAAGGACCAAAAAGUUUUCAUGCAUUGAACUCACAACCUUCCUUUGGGAACCAACCACUACUCUACCAGACAGACAUUCAUCCAUACACCAGUUAUUUUAAUGAACUGUUGUUCCCCACCCACCGUUACGUUAUGUUACAGGUGAAGAACAAAAUGACGAAGGAGCAGUACAUCAAAAUGAACCGUGGCAUCAACGACAGUAAGGACCUGCCCGAGGAGUACCUGUCCUCCAUAUACGAUGAGAUCGCUGGCAAGAAGAUCGCCAUGAAGGACAGCAAGGAGCACACCAUCACACCCAAGACUAUCAAGCACAGUAAGCAGAGAGGACCGGGGUGACGAAGCAGAGACAUGUAUUUAGAUAGUUGGGCCAACAUUUUAGAAUAUAUUUCGGAUUCUAGACAUUCAGUUAUUGUUUAAAUAUUCCCUAUGUAAUGUUAAUGUGGAGCUAACACGGUUGGCGUAUAAUGUUGCGGUGUCAUUUUAAAUGCAAAAACCUCAAUGUCCCAACUCUCUAAAUACAUGGCUCUGUGACAAACUAUCUAAUCUUGAAUAUAUAUAUAUAUAUAUAUACAUACAGGUAAAAGUCAGUAAAUUAGAAUAUUUUGAAAAACUUGAUUUAUUUCAGUAAUUGCAUUCAAAAGGUGUAACUUGUACAUUAUAUUUAUUCAUUGCACACAGACUGAUGCAUUCAAAUGUUUAUUUCAUUUAAUUUUGAUGAUUUGAAGUGGCAACAAAUGAAAAUCCAAAAUUCCGUGUGUCACAAAAUUAGAAUAUUGUGUAAGGGUUACAUUUUGAAGACACCUGGUGCCACAAAAUAAUCAGCUGAUUAACUCAAAACACCUGCAAAGGGCUUUAAAUGGUCUCUCAGUCCAGUUCUGAAGCCUACACAAACAUGGGGAAGACUUCAGAUUUGACAGCUGUCCAAAAGGCGACCAUCGACACAUUGCACAAGGAGGGAAAGACACAAAAGGUUAUUGCAGAAGAGGCUGGCUGUUCUCAGAGCUCUGUGUCCAAACACAUUAAUAGAGAGGCAAAGGGAAGGAAAAACUGUGGUCAGAAAAAGUGUACAAGCGAUAGGGAUCACCGCGCCCUAGUCAAGAUUGUGAAAAAAAACCCAUUCAAAAAUGUGGGAGAGAUUCACAAGGAGUGGACAGCUGCUGGAGUCAGGGCUUCAAGAUCCACCACCAAGAGACGCUUGAAAGACAUGGGUUUCAACUGCCGCAUACCUCGUGUCAAGCCACUGUUGACCAAGAAACAGCGCGAAAAGCGUCUCACCUGGGCUAAGGAAAAAAAGAGCUGGACUGCUGCUGAGUGGUCUAAAGUCAUGUUUUCUGACGAAAGCAAAUUUUGCAUUUCCUUUGGAAAUCGAGGUCCCAGAGUCUGGAGGAAGACAGGAGAGGCACAGGAUCCACGUUGCCUGAAGUCUAGUGUAAAGUUUCCACCAUCAGUGAUGGUUUGGGGUGCCAUGUCAUCUGCUGGUGUCGGUCCACUCUGUUUCCUGAGAUCAAGGGUCAACGCAGCCGUCUACCAGCAAGUUUUAGAGCACUUCAUGCUUCCUGCUGCUGACCUGCUCUAUGGAGAUGGAGAUUUCAGGUUCCAACAGGACUUGGCGCCUGCACACAGCGCAAAAUCUACCCGUGCCUGGUUUACGGACCAUGGUAUUUCUGUUCUAAAUUGGCCAGCCAACUCCCCUGACCUUAGCCCCAUAGAAAAUCUGUGGGGUAUUGUGAAAAGGAAGAUGCAGAAUGCCAGACCCAACAACGCAGAAGAGUUGAAGGCCACUAUCAGAGCAACCUGGGCUCUCAUAACACCUGAGCAGUGCCAGAAACUCAUCGACUCCAUGCCACGCCGCAUUAAUGCAGUAAUUGAGGCAAAAGGAGCUCCAACCAAGUAUUGAGUAUUGUACAUGCUCAUAUUUUUCAUUUUCAUACUUUUCAGUUGGCCAACAUUUCUAAAAAAUCCCUUUUUUGUAUUAGCCUUAAGUAAUAUUCUAAUUUUGUGACACACGGAAUUUUGGAUUUUCAUUUGUUGCCACUUCAAAUCAUCAAAAUUAAAUGAAAUAAACAUUUGAAUGCAUCAGUCUGUGUGCAAUGAAUAAAUAUAAUGUACAAGUUACACCUUUUGAAUGCAAUUACUGAAAUAAAUCAAGUUUUUCAAAAUAUUCUAAUUUACUGACUUUUACCUGUAUAUAUAUAUAUAUUUUUUUUUUUUUGUAAUUUAGCAGACGCUUUUAUCCAGAGCGACUUACAGGAGCAAUUAGGGUUAAGUGCCUUGCUCAAGGGCACAUCGACAGAUUUUUCACCUAGUCGGCUCGGGGAUUAGAACCAGCGACCUUUCGGUUACUGGCACAACGCUCUUAAGCACUAAGCUACCUGCCACCCUGUAUCAGCUGAACCCCUACACCAACCUGCCCAGGGGGAAUUGUAUCCCUACAGGUUGCCUAGGAAACGUAGGUGUUGGUCAUGUGAUAAUCUCUGUUAACCCAGAACUAAUAUUUUACACAAUUUUGUCAGAUGUUUAUGUAGUCUGUCCACAAGAGAUUAGUCAUGUGAUCAUGUGGGCGGUCUCUCUUUGCAGGCAUAGCCAAUGAGAAGCAGCGCCGUCUACUGUAUAACGUUGAGAUGGAACAGAUGGCGAAGACAGCCAAUGCCCUGAUGGAGGCUGUGAGCCACGCCCAGGCCCCCUUCUUCAGCGCCACCCACCUGGAGCACGUCCGGCCCAUGUUCAAGGUACCGUAGAGCAGAGCCGGCCAGCCCCAAAUCAAAUGUAUUUUAUAAAGCCUUUUUCUUUUUUUUACAUCGGCAGUUAUCACAAAGUGCUUUACAGAUACCCAGCCUAAAACCCCAAAGAGUUGAACGUUUUAUUAGUCGUAUGUACAGGAUACACAUGGUAUACAGAGUCCAAUGAAAUGCUUACUUACAGCUUCCUUCUGGACAAUGCAACAACAAUAAGAAAUAAUACAAAGAUAAGAAUAUGAACAUAAAGUAAAUGGCUCAGUAGAACAGAAUACCCAUUGUAGCAUAAGCAUAGUACAGGAAGGCACAAUUUAUAGUCCCAAUAUUUACACGUUUUGGGGAAUGGGGGACAAGUGUAUACAUUGAGCAGUAUAAUAAGAGUCUGGUAACAGCAGUUGUGGUGUGUGUGUGUGUGUGUACAUGAAUGUACUGAGUGUACAAAACAUUAUGAACAGCUCUUUCCAUGACAUAGACUGCAGGUGAAUCCAAGUGAAAGCUAUGAUCCCUUAUUGAUGUCACUUGUUAAAUCCACUUCAAUCUGUGUAGAUGAAGGGGAGCAGACAGGUUAAAGAAUAAUUUCUAAGCCUUGAGACUAUUGAGACAUGGAUUGUGUAUGUGUGCCAUUGAGGGUGAAUGGGCAAGACAAAAUAUUUAAGUGCCUUUGAACAGGGUAUUGUAGUAGGUGCCAGGCGCACCAGUUUGAGUGUGAGAAGAACUGCAACCCUGCUUGGUUUUUCACGCUCAGCAGUUUCCCGUGUGUAUCAAGAAUGGUCCACCACCCAAAGGAUAUCCAGCCAACUUGACACAACUGUGGGAAGCAUUGGGGUCAACAUUGGCCAGCAUCCCUGUGGAAUGCUUUUGACACCUUGUAGAGUCCAUGCCCUGACAAAUUGAAGCUGUUCUGAGGGAGGUGGGGGGGGGGGGGUGCAACUCAAUAUUAGGAAGGUGUUUUUAAUGUUUUGUACACUCAGUGUGGGUGUGUGCAUGAGUGAAUGUAUGUGUGCUAAGGUGCGGAGAAUCAGAGCAGGUGGUCAGUCCAGUUCAAGUGUUCAGCGGUCUGAUGGCUUGUAGAUAGAAACUGUCUCUGAGCCUGUUGGUAUCAGACCUCAUGCUACGAUACUGUCUGCCUGCCUGACGGUAAGCGAGGGAACAGCUCGUGGCUGGGGUGUGUGGAGUCCUUGAUGAUCCUACUUGCCUUCCUCAGGCACCGUUUCCAGUAGAUGAAAAAAUGUAGAUGCAGAAGCCCAGACUGUCACCAUCUGCAGUGGCUGUGAUGGAUAACGCUUGUGAAUCUGUGCCAGAAGAUGACUUCACCCUGUGUGUGUAUUACGGAGUAAAAGGAUUCAAGUGUGCUCUGCUCUGCUCUGCUCUGCUCUGCUCUGCCUGCCUGUGUGUUUCAGCUGGCGUGGACCCCUCUCCUGGCAGCGUUCAGUGUGGGCCUGCAGGACUGUGAUGACCAGGAGGUGGCCUCUCUGUGUCUGGAGGGGAUCCGCUGUGCUGUCAGGAUUGCAUGCGUCUUCAGUAUGCAGGUUAGUUGGCUCCCUUGGCUACACAGCUAGACCACAGCUCCUUCACUAAAUAAUCUAAUGUACCAACCUUAGGCUGUGUUUACACAGGCAGCCCAAUUCUGAUCUUUUUCCACUAGUAGUUUGUUUACCAAUCAGAUCAGCUCUUUUGCCAGUACUUGGGCUGCCUGUGUAAACACAGCCUUAUAAACUUUCCACGGAACAGGAUUAUUUUUUAUACCCCCAUCAAAUAUAGUUCUAGACUUAACAUGAACUUGAAAGCCCUGGAAAAGCCCGUUUUGUGUCUGUCUGUCAUCUUUUAACAUGUUCUCUUUGAAUUACCUUUCUGUCUGUCUGUGGCUCUGUGCAGUUGGAGAGGGAUGCGUAUGUCCAAGCCUUGGCUCGGUUCACCCUGCUCACAGCCAGCUCCAGCAUCACCGAGAUGAAGCAGAAGAACAUCGACACCAUCAAGACCCUCAUCACUGUGGCCCACACAGACGGAAACUACCUGGGCAACUCUUGGCAUGAGGUAGGUCAGAGGACUUCCCCAAGAUAGCCCACCUGGCCUUUCCAUUCCUAACCCUGCCUCUCAUCUCUUCUGUUAGUCAGGAAUCCAACCCAUAUUAUAUCUGUGUCUCUUUUGCAAACAAAGGUAAGAAAGAAAGAGUGCAGAAAGAGAGCGUAGCACUCGGUAGAGACAUUUUGAACAGAGCAUUGAGGCUCACCCUGGCCCGUGUUUCUCUGUGCAGAUCCUGCGGUGUAUUAGCCAGCUGGAGUUGGCCCAGCUGAUUGGCACGGGGGUGAAGCCGCGCUACAUCUCUGGAGUGGUCCGGGAUAGCCAGGCUGGCAUCAAGGGCUUCCCCACCGGGGGAGAGGAGUUCAUGCCCCUGGGACUGGGUAGGUCUCACAGGGCUCUGAACAUCAAGGACAUUGACUGUGUAAAUGAGCACCCUAUUCCCUAUAUAGUGCACUACUUUUGACCAUGGCCCUGAUCAAAAGUAGUGCACUAUUUAUGGGAUAGGGUGCUGUUUGGCAAGUAACCAGUGUGUUAAAUGUUUCCUUUUGUAGGGACCCUGGUGGGAGGUCCAGACCGGAGGCAGAUGGCUCAUAUCCAGGAGUCAGUGGGAGAAACCAGCUCUCAGAGUGUAGUGGUGGCUGUGGACAGGUGAGAAACCAGCUCUCUGAGAGUAGUGGUGGCUGUGGACAGGUGAGGGACCAGCUCUCUGAGAGUAGUGGUGGCUGUGGACAGGUGAGAAACCAGCUCUCUGAGAGUAGUGGUGGCUGUGGACAGGUGAGAAACCAGCUCUCUGAGAGUAGUGGUGGCUGUGGACAGGUGAGGGACCAGCUCUCUGAGAGUAGUGGUGGCUGUGGACAGGUGAGAAACCAGCUCUCUGAGAGUAGUGGUGGCUGUGGACAGGUGAGAAACCAGCUCUCUGAGAGUAGUGGUGGCUGUGGACAGGUGAGAAACCAGCUCUCUGAGAGUAGUGGUGGCUGUGGACAGGUGAGAAACCAGCUCUCUGAGAGUAGUGGUGGCUGUGGACAGGUGAGAAACCAGCUCUCAGAGAGUAGUGGUGGCUGUGGACAGGUGAGAAACCAGCUCUCAGAGAGUAGUGGUGGCUGUGGACAGGUGAGAGAGAUGCGUGGUAGGGCUGGGCGGUAUACUAUAUUUCACUAUAUACAGGUAUUGAUGCACGGACCGGUUUGGGUUUUUACUUUACCUUGUAUAACGGUAUUUCAAUGUUUGGCUUGUUAAAUGUGUUACACCACUCCGGCACGUAAUAAUGUCAGUUUUUUUAUAGUUUACUCCGUUUGCUACUUGAGUCGUCUCCCUCUCUGUCUUUCCACACACACCAAGCCCCGCCACCGUCACUCAAGGAGAGCAGUUUUUUGCACUACAACGAGUCACAACCGCUCGCAGUGACAGUCUGCAUGGUCAAUGCUGCUGAUAUUGGUGACAACGAUGCUGAUUUCCACAUUGCUUCUUCGUAUAAAUCCACAGGUGUUCUAUAAUUACACUAAUAGUUAGCAACAUCAAAGCUACAGUAAGAGAAAACAUUUAAUGUAACAUUAAUUAGGGUCCACUGGGAAACACUGACCAAUGCUUUGGUUCCUACCCUGUCACAAUAACCCCUCCCUGGCUUUUUCAUUCGUUGUCAUGUCAAAGGGCCCACUAUAUUCCAACUUUUGGUUAAAGUUUGAAUACUAUAAAACAAUCAGAAGAGAGAGCCCCAUUUUUAAAAUCACUUAGAAUGUAUGUGUUGCCACCCUGGGGUCACGCACUACUCAUGAAGCAUAUUUAAAACUUGUAUUAUUCAAAAACCAUAAAUAUCGUAAAAUACCAUAAAAAUUUGAAAAAUAUUGUGAUAUUAUAUUUUGGCCACAUCGCCCAGCCCUAACACAUGGUCAACAUCCACCCAUGUCUGCAGUCAGACAUCUAUAAUUUGUACAUGACCUGCCUUUGCUUUGUUUGCAGGAUCUUCACUGGCUCCACAAAGCUAGAUGGAAAUGCAGUUGGUAAGUGGAUUUGUGCGUCUGUUUGUUUCUCUGUAUGUGUGUGUCUGUCUGGCAAUGUGUGUGCGUUUACUGACAUUGUCCUGUGUCCUAUUCCUAGUGGACUUUGUGCGGUGGUUGUGUGCGGUGUCCAUGGAUGAGCUGGCCUCCGCUCACCAGCCGAGGAUGUUCAGUCUUCAGAAGAUAGUAGAGAUCUCCUACUACAACAUGAACCGUAUCCGUCUGCAGUGGUCACGCAUCUGGCAGGUCAUCGGAGACCACUUCAACAAGGUCAGCGCCUCCCUUCAGUAAGGAAGAUUUCCCAGAACCAGAUUAAGCCUAUUUCUGGACUAAGAAACACUUUUUAGUGGAGAUUCUCCAUUGAGCAUUGUUAAUCCAUCAGUAGUAUUAAAGGGAUACUUGUGGAUAACAUUAUUGUCUCGUGUGUCCAGUAUGAAGGAAGUUAGAGGAAGCAUGCUAGCAGAUACCCGUAGACUUCCAGUCAUUGCGCUAAUGCUACCUAGCAUUAGCUUGCAAAACGACCUCCAACUUCCUUCGUACUGAACACAGAGACAUGAAUGGUAUCCUCUAGUUCCUCCGACUCUGGGGAACUAGAUAAAGGGCCUCAUUGCCAAAAUGCCGAAAUAUCCCUUUAAUCUAUUACUCUAACCUGGUUAUGUAAAGACGUAGCCUAGCUAUUAACUGUGGAUCUAUGCCUGUGUGUUUGCUGCUCUGCCAGGUGGGCUGCAACCCCAACGAGGACGUGGCCAUCUUUGCGGUGGACUCUCUGAGGCAGCUGUCAAUGAAGUUCCUGGAGAAAGGAGAGCUGGCUAACUUCCGCUUCCAGAAGGACUUCCUCCGGCCAUUUGAACACAUCGUGAAGAAGAACAGGUAGAGAUGGACCAGGGGGAAGGGAGAGUUGUUGAAAGAGGAAACGUUGAAGGGAGUAAAGAGGGAGAGGUAAUUUGGCACAAUAUUGAGGAUAUGAGGAAAAAACUCUCCCAGCACAGAACCAAAUCCAGUCUACACACUCACAAAAAACCAUUGACUGUUUGUCCCCCUCUCCCUCUCCUCCACAGGUCUCCCACUAUCAGGGACAUGGUGAUCCGCUGUGUGACCCAGAUGGUCAACUCUCAGGCAGCCAACAUCCGCUCUGGCUGGAAGAACAUCUUCUCUGUGUUCCACCAGGCCGCUUCCGAUCACGACGAGACCAUUGUGGAGCUGGCCUUCCAGACUACUGGCCACAUAGUCAGUGAGUACAGUCAGUCACCUCAGGACUGGGGCUCACCAUUUUCACUGAAAGUGCACGGCCAACUCGGUAGAGAAAUGGACUGCUGAAUAACUAUUUUUCUCUCCUCCAGUGAUCACGUUUCAGCAGCACUUUGCAGCAGCCAUAGACUCCUUCCAGGAUGCAGUGAAGUGUCUGUCUGAGUUUGUGUGCAACGCUGCCUUUCCUGACACCAGUAUGGAGGCCAUCCGGCUCAUCCGCCACUGCGCUAAAUAUGUUGCAGACCGGCCGCAGGUAGGGACCAACACAGGCCCCGGGUAGGGACCAACACAGGCCGCGGGUAGGGACCAAACACAGGCCGCGGGUAGGUACCAAACACAGGCCGCGGGUAGGGACCAAACACAGGCCGCGGGUAGGGACCAAACACAGGCCGCGGGUAGGGACCAAACACAGGCCGCGGGUAGGGACCAAACACAGGCCGCGGGUAGGGACCAAACACAGGCCGCGGGUAGGGACCAACACAGGCCGCGGGUAGGGACCAACACAGGCCGCGGGUAGGGACCAACACAGGCCCCGGGUAGGACCCAAUACAGGCCCCGGGUAGGACCCAAUACAGGCCCCGGGUAGGGACCAACACAUGCCCCGGGUAGGGACCAACACAUGCCCCGGGUAGGGACCAACACAUGCCCCGGGUAGGACCCAACACUUAUGCCAACACGUAUCCCUAUACUUCUGUUAUUUCUCCGCCUGCUCAGAAGUUUCCCUCCAUGUUGGCAGAAGUUUCCCUCCAUGUUGGCAGAAGUUUCCCUCCAUGUUGGCAGAAGUUUCCCACCAUGUUGGCAGAAGUUUCCCUCCAUGUUGGCAGAAGUUUCCCUCCAUGUUGGCAGAAGUUUCCCUCCAUGUUGGCAGAAGUUUCCCUCCAUGUUGGCAGAAGUUUCCCUCCACGUUGGCAGAAGUUUCACUCUCUGGACCAAGUGUGAUGGCAACUAUGUACUGUGGAGAUACGGUGAAGUAAACGGUUUUAAACUAGAACCUAGUUAUUGUGUCAUUUGGAGUUAACAUUGGUAGCAGAGGAUGGCUGAUAACUACAACGUGCCACCUCGCUUCGACGAGAAGAGGUCGUAUGGAAGUUGGAGAAAGGAAGUUGGAAUCUGGACAUGGGUUACCAAUCUGGAUGAGAAAAAGCAAGCACUUGUGGUGGUAUUAUCGCUCGAGGCGAGAGCGAGGGAUACAGCACUGGAAAUAUCCACGGAGGAUUUGAACAAGGAUGACUGUAUGGGAACUUUGAUCAGAGCACUGGAUUCUGUGUUUCUUAAAGAAGAGAAAGACUGUGCCUACGAGGCAUAUUCAAACUUGAACAGUGUUAACUAGAGACAUUUCGGUUGCAAUGACGGACUACAUCAUUGAUUUAGAACAGAGGUACAAUAGGAUGUGCAAGUACGACAUGGUUCUCCCAGGAUGCAGUGUUAAGCUUUCACGUUCCUAGAUACUGCCUGUCUGAAUGGUGGAGAGAAACAGUUUGCUUUGACUGCUUGUACUGUGCUGACUUUUGCGUCAAUGAAGCCGGCACUAAAAAAAGAUUUUGGGUGAAAAGAUGGCUGUCGUGCCAAUAACAGAUGGAAUGUGAGUGAGUGAGGUAUAAUACACUGAGCUGCAGAGCAAAGGCCCUAACAAGUCACGUUCUCAAGACAACCAGACGAGGGCGCCAUUGCCCUGCACAAAUCCACUGGACAGGUAUGGAGGAGAACAAAGUGUGCUAUUUGUCAAAGCAUUUACCAUUGGGUUAAAGACUGUCCUCAUAAAAACGAUCAUGUUAAACCAACAGAGGAAAACGAGAGCAGAGAGAGCAGUGUAACGCUGUUUUCAAAAGAAUCUGCUUCUGCUACUGAGGUCUCUAUAGUUGAGUCCUUUAGGAUCUGCUGUAAGUGAUACUGCAUGCACGCGCACAGUGUGUGGUGCUAAAUGGCUUGGUAGCUAUGUCAUUGAACCAAAUAUGAAAGAAGUACACAAUAAGAGAAUCAAGAUACCUGCAAAAAUUGGUCAGAUUAAGUGUCACAUCAUUGAAACAGAGGUGGUCCCUGCAGAUAUCCCCUUACUGAAUGAAUGAAUGGAAUUUUUUAUGAAAUGAAUGAACAUUUUUAUUUUUCGUGUCAAAUCUCAAGUUGGCAACCCCAUCCCUUAUGGGAUUAAUUGACACACAAACAAACAUUACAAUAAUUCACUGUGAUAAUUCAGUGGUGAUUGUUCUUACUACUCCCCUUGCUAUUAAGCAAGGCUUCCCUCAAGAAGGCAGAGGCUGUACUAGACAUUAGAAAUGACAAGGCGGUGAUGUUUAAACAACCAGUGACCCUUGAACUUACUACCUCAGGCCACUAUUGUGUAAACAUUUUAGACAAAGACAUUACACAGAGUCCAUGUGAAAAAUGAGAUUCUGAAGGACAGAACAUAUGGAUAUUCUGACAGUCACAGAGAACAUGACCACAGAGGAAAAACAUAAAGUAUUGUUUAAAUUUCACAAACAGUUUGGACAUGCUACAGUUGACAGACUUCAGAAAUAACUCAGUAGUUCUGGGAAUAAUGAUUAAUGAGAGUAUUUCCAUUCUACGGCAGAUAGUGAGCAGUUGUGAAAAAAAAAAAACAUUGUAAAGUGGUUGUACUUCUGGCUAUAAGGUGAAUGCACCAAUUUGUAAGUCGCUCUGGAUAAGAGCGUCUGCUAAAUGACGUAAAUGUAAAUGUUGUGAGACACGCCAGAAGCACAGCAAACCUAAGCCCAGACCAGCUGUUGGUUUGCCACUGGCUUCCAAGUACAAUGAAACAGUGGUUCUACACGAGCUAGGACUAAGUGUGUGGUACCUUCACGUAAUCCACCACUUCACGCGCUUCAGUGCUGGAAGCAUUGUGAAUACAAAGAAACACAGUGACAUCGUCAAGCACUUCAUUCAUUCCUGGAAAAGUGUGCAUGGCUCGCCCCAGAAAUUGUACAGUGACAAUGGAGGAGAAUUCAAUAAUGAGAGAAAUUGCAGAGAAAUUCAACAUGGAAGUAAAGACAACUGCUGCAUACAGUCCAUGGAGCAAUUGACUUCUGGAGAGACAUAAUCAAACACUCACAGAGAUCAUGCUGAAAGUGAAGCAAGACAAUGGAUUUGACUAGGAAAACAGCCCUAGAUUGGGCGCUGAUGGCAAAGAACUCGAUGCACAAUGUUCAUGGCUACAGCCCAUGCUUACUAGUGUUCGGACAGAACCCUAAUCUAACCUCUGUACUGGUUGACAAGCCACCAGCACUAGAAGGGACCAGUGUGAGAGCGUGGGUGGGACAGCACCUUUCAGCACCACACACAGCGAGAAAAGCGUUCACUGAAGCAGGGGUGUUCAGAGAGAAUUCGCAGCUUCGUCCCACAGAUGAGAAGUACGAGACUGGAAACAAAGUGUACUACAAAGGAGUUGACUGUCGAGUGGAAAGGACCGGGAGUCGUCAUUGGCCAAGAUGGUGUGGCGAUAUUGGUGAGGCCCGAAGGCACCAUUGUCAGGGUGCAUCACUCAAGAUUGUGGAAAGUAAAUGAUCAACAAGUUGGAGGGGCUGUUGCGGAGAGUCAGCCUCUCACCGAAAAGGACACAUUAAUAGGGACAAACCUAUCAGAUGUCUCAUCCACUGAUAUGGACACUGAAACUGACACAGGAAAUGGAGCAGAGACCUUCAACCAUGACACAGGUAAUAUUGUUGAGGGUUCAAAUGAGGAAAACGUUCAACAGCCACGUGUUAAACUGAAACCUAGUUGUUGUCAUUUGGAGUUAAGAGACCACACAGGCCACAGGUAGGGACCACAUAGAAUCCCUAAGCACAUCCCAAACCUAGAUUACAAACUACUACAGUGCUCUCAAAUCAAGCCUGCAAAUCAAGCCUGCAGCCCUGUAUGCCAUCUGAGAAUUUUGCAUCAUGGUGUUCCUGUUCCAUUCCUCUGAGGGUCUUCCCGGGUCUGUCCCCAGGCUCUGCGGGAGUAUACCAGUGAUGACAUGAAUGUGGCCCCAGGGGACCGGGUGUGGGUGAGAGGCUGGUUCCCCAUCCUCUUUGAGCUGUCCUGCAUCAUCAACCGCUGCAAGCUGGACAUCAGGACCAGGUAAAACAUCUGACCUCAGUUCUGCCUACAGGUAUUGACCCAUUUCCUGGCUGCGUCAUGAAAGGUUGCGCACGCCGUUCCGAAUCAGAACGCGGUUUGUUUUAAAUGGAAGUAAAUACGAUCACGUCCGACUUCAGAUGCAGCUUUGGCAAGUUAGCAAACACGUAAUCGGAUGGUUGUCUAUAACAUCGCAGAUGUAUUACCUAGCAAGCCAGUGAGGCAAUGUAAAAUAUCCCAAAUACAGUUAGAUAAAGCCAGAAGAAUAAUAUACUUGUUGAACAUGGCUAUAGCCAUCAGUCUUGUGUUUUCAUGGUCAUCACUCACUGCUAAGUUUGCCAUGGUUCCGACAUCCGUGUAUAGCUAGCUAUCUGCUACAAGUAUGUGCGCAUCAUUCGAACGUGACGUUUGCUUGAAAACCAAAAAAUGGCUAUAUAUGGCUGUAACCAACUUGGAUGCUUUGAGCCCAAUAGAUAUUCAUGUAUGAUUGUGUGUGUCUUUCUGUCACAGGGGUCUGACUGUGAUGUUUGAGAUUAUGAAGAGCUACGGACACACCUUUGAAAAGCACUGGUGGCACGACCUUUUCCGCAUCGUCUUCCGCAUCUUCGACAAUAUGAAGCUUCCUGAGCAGCAAACGGAGGUGAAUGGCUGUAGUUAUUGUCCUUACAUACAGUGCAUUCGGAAAGAAAUUGAGAACCCUUCACUAUUUUUCACAAUUUGUUACGUUACAGCUUUAUUCUAAAAUUGAUUAAUUUGUGAAAAUUGAUUGAGAUGUGUCGCGCUGCAUGAGGCAAAUGGUGGUCACACCAGAUACUGACUGGUUUUCUGAUCCACGUCCCUACCUUUUUUUUUUUUUUUUAAAGGUAUCUUUGACCAACAGAUGCAUAUCUGUAUUCCCAGUCAUGUGAAAUCCAUAGAUUAGGGCCUAAUAAUUUUUUUUCAAGUGACUGAUUUCCUUUUAUGAACUGUAACUAUAACUCUUUGAAAUUGUUGCAUUUUGCAUUCAUUUUUGCUGCUCAUCUAUGUACAUUUUGUGACUUCUUGUAGAAGCAUGAGUGGAUGACCACGACCUGUAACCAUGCCCUGUACGCUAUCUGUGACGUCUUCACCCAGUUCUAUGAGCCUCUUAGUGAGGUCCUGCUGGCUGACCUCUUUACUCAGCUGCAGUGGUGUGUCAGACAAGGUGGGUCCCUUCCUCUCAACACCGCUCACACACACACCCCUAACUAUUUAAAUUCAGGCUGUAUCUCAUGUAAUAUUAUAUGUGUAACAUUUGACCAGAAAUCUAAAGUUAGGUAAAGUAAUGGUGAAUGACACCACUAUUUUAUCUUCCCCUCCCACAGAUAAUGAGCAGUUGGCCCGGUCAGGGACUAACUGCCUGGAGAACCUGGUCAUCCUGAAUGGGGAGAAGUUUAGCCCGGAGGUGUGGAACGUCACCUGCUCCUGUAUGCUGGACAUCUUCCAGACCACCAGCCCACACGGGUGAGUUCUGCUGCCGGCCAGCCUGUCUGUCGCCUUGAUGUUCUCACAACUUGGGGCGGCAGGUAGCUUAGUGGUUAAGAGCGUUGUGCCAGUAACCGAAAGGUCGCUGGUUCUAAUCCCCGAGCCGACUAGGUGAAAAAUCUGUCGAUGUGCCCUUGAGCAAGGCACUUAACCCUAAUUGCUCCUGUAAGUCGCUCUGGAUAAGAGCGUCUGCUAAAUGACUAAAAUGUAAAUGUAAACUUUGCCAACCCAUCACCGUGAACCAGUUGCACGUAACAGUAAUAAUCUGUGUGUUUUAAAUAUUUCUUUGCAUACAUAAACAGAAAACACACUGUUAGAGAAGAUGAGGAUCUUUGUGUGCGUGCGUUACCAGUGCUGUCAGAUGUUGUGAGCAGAACUUGUCGCAUGCCGUGGUGACUCAUGAACACACGUGGCCAGCCAGAACACUGUAAACACUUACUCCCACAGACCACAUGACUGACGGUGUGCACAUUCUAUUUGCGCUUCUCAACAGCCUGUUGACGUGGCGACCGGCUGGUCAGGAAGAGGAGGCUGGCGAUGGGAAACACAUGGUGAGCAAACAAUAACAUUUCUGAACCCUCUGACAGAGUUCCCUUUGAGCCUGAUUAGACAGGGCAGCGAGUUGACUCUUCUAAAUUGAUCUGGUCCUGUUGUUUAUGUCAUGAGUUCUUUAAACAAACAUGCAGAUAGAGCUUUCUCAUCGCGUUGACUGUAUUUGUGUCUGUUUGUUUAAAGGAUGUAGAUUUUGACACCCAGUCCCAGAGCAGCUAUGACAGGGCCUUGUCAGAGAAAGGAGGGCAGAGCCAGAUAUCCACCGCCAGCGAUGAGACCUGGAAAGGGAAACCCCAUGCCAGUAAGCAACGGGUUACAGAAAUAUUUGGCCCUCGCCCCUCAAUUCACAUUUCUCUCUCUACCUCAUCAUCCUUCAUGUCAUGUUCCACUUUGCCACAUUUGACCUCAGUCUCUCGUUGGUCCCUGUCUAUCAAAUAAAAUCGUAUUAGUCGCGUACACAUAUUUUGCAGGUGCAUCGAAAUGCUUGUGUUUCUAGCUCCAACAGUGCAGUAAUAUCUAGCAAUACAAAACAAUACACACAAAUCCCAAAAAAGAAUUAAGAAAUAUCAGAACGAGUAAUGUCAUAGUCCGGAAUAAUGCAAGAAACGUUCUGAGCAAAUAAUUCAAAUAAAUACUGCAAAGUUGACUAGGAGCUAGAAACAGGCCGACCACAUCAUCUUCCUGAUGCCACUGUGCUCUGUGUCUGUGGCAGGGGUGGCAGACCAGAAGCUGUUUGCUGGGCUGCUCAUCAAGUGUGUAGUGCAGCUGGAGCUGAUCCAAACCAUUGACAACAUCGUCUUCUACCCGGCAACCAGCAAGAAGGAAGACGCAGACAAUAUGGCUGCCGCACAAGUUUAUCACAACGACCAUGUUUGUCCUUUUAUGAAUAUAAAAGUCAUGAUGCUUAUUAAACAUGUAGUUAAUUAUGGCUUUUGAUACAUAAACUUAGUAGUGUGUUUUGGGUGUACUGUAUGUUGCUGGGGGAUUGACCGAGGCUCUGUGCUGUAUCUCUCCCAGAGGGAUGCCCUGGAGGAAGGGGAGCAGGGCAUGUACAGACACCUCUCCUCCCAGCACCUCUUCAAGCUGCUGGACUGCCUGCUGGAGUCACACGCCUUCGCCAGAGAUUUCAACUCUAGCAACGAGCAGAGGACUGCACUCUGGAGAGCAGGUACACUCAACUGUCUGUCUCUCUCUGGUGGGUUUAGAUCAUCUAAUCUGCCAGUCUGUCAUAUAAGGAUGCUCUGUGUUGUCUGCCCCUCUCUGUGUGUCUCAGGAUUUAAGGGGAAGUCGAAGCCCAAUCUGCUGAAGCAGGAGACUAGCAGCCUGGCCUGUAGCCUGCGUAUUCUGUUUCGUAUGUACUGUGACCGGCAGCUGCAGGACUCCUGGCCUGACAUCCAGACACGCCUACUGCUGUGAGUGUCCCAGGGAGGGAAAGACUGGGGGGAUCAGGGUGUGAAAAACCUUGACAAUUGUAAAGCGACUUUGGGUCCUUGAAAAGCACUAUAUAAAGACCAUGUAUUAUUAUUAUUAUUAUUAGAAUUAAAUAUAUAAAAGCAUGUUUUCACACCAACGAUUUAGAGGCAGCAACCUGGGAAACCCCAAUGUGUUAAAUUCUCGGUAAAACUGGAUCCAGUUUUCUGUGUGACCUGAACAACAAGACUAACUUGAAUGUCAAUUUGAUUCCAUCAUGUCAUCCUUAGUGCUCUGGCUUCAUCCCUGCGUUGUCCAGCUGUAACAGGUUCUUCAGCAUUGGUUUGUGGGGGUGUUUCACUCCCAGCAGUGUGAUACGUGGUAAUGUUGGUCCUGUGUGUCCUGUCCUGUCCUCAGGGUGUGCAGCGAGGCCCUGGCCUAUUUCAUCAGCCUGACCUCAGAGAGCCACAGAGAGGCCUGGACCAACCUGCUCCUACUACUGCUCAGUAGGACCCUGCGACUGACCAACGAUAAGGUUACACACACACCUACAUCCACAUGGACUGAAAUAUUUGUGCGCGCACACACACUGACAACUGGGAUUUGCUUGCAGUGACAAGUGCUGCACAAGUGUGAUCUGUUUUUUUUAAGACUGUUUAUGUGAGCAAGUGUCUGCCAGCACCAUUUCAACUCUAUAUACCUCGCGUCAGUACGCGGUAUGAAAAGAAGUCUAUUUCCCCUGACGUCCAGCUGGCGUAACUAAUAGGUCAAAUGGUUUGAAUAACGAGCCGUAGGACAGCCCCUCAUAGGUCAAAUGGUUUGAAUAACGAGCCGUAGGACAGCCCCUCAUUUGCCUGAUUUCCCCGCAGGCAAUGAAUUUGACUUCUGUAGAGGAAGGACACUGAUUAUUUGACAGUUUUGUCUUUGUAAUGACAUUUGUAUGUAAAAGAGGCCAUCAGCUGUGUGCAGGCAGACCAGGGACUGCCCCUGGGGUCUUGGGCUACCUCUGCUACAUCAAGGAUCUCUGAAUUACACUCCAUUCAGUGCAGAUUUCCCCGUGUAGAGCGUACAGUCAGUUAUCUUUUAGCCUGGUUCAUUCUAAUUGAGAAUGAUAUUAAAGGUGAUUUGGGGAACAGAAGGAAGGACGCUUAGGUACCAACAAGUUCCUUUGCACAUACCAAUCAGAUAAACAGGAAGUGUGCAGCCUUGGGGGUUAUUUUGAAUUUGACUAAGAAAUGUUUCCUCUCCCCAAAUCCCACCUUCAGGUGUACGUAGUGGCUACUAAACAAACAACGUUGAUAUUCAACUUUGGCCAUAUUUCAAACAAAGCGUUUAGCAGCUUGUGUGUGCAUCUGUCUGUUUGAUGCUAAAAUAGCCUGUUCUAUGUACCGUUCUCUCCUCAGUUCAAGCCUCAUGCCUCCUGUUACUACCCUCACCUGUGUGAGAUGAUGCAGUUUGACCUGAUACCAGAGCUCCGUGCCGUCCUGCGCCACUUCUUCCUCCGCAUCGGCUCAGUCUUCCACAUCGCUGCUCCUGAGAUGGGCUAG